AAUUAGUCGAAAUUUAGUAGACACCACCAACAAUGUUAAAGGCAAUCACAAUCCUUGCCGUCGUCCUGGCCCUGGCCAGUGCCGAGCUGCAUCGCGUUCCCAUCCUGAGGCAGGAGAACUUUGUGAAGACUCCGGGCAAUAUCAAGGCUGAGGUGGAGCAUCUGCGUGCCAAGUAUGGCCUGCCCUUGUCCUUCCGCUCCGGCACCGAGGAGCAGCUCUCCAACUCGAUGAACAUGGAAUAUUAUGGCGCCAUCACCAUUGGUACUCCCCCACAGAACUUCAAGGUGCUGUUCGACUCGGGCUCCUCCAACCUGUGGGUGCCAUCGAACAGCUGCUCCAGCUAUGCCUGCGAGGUGCACAAUCAGUACGAUUCCAGUGCCUCCUCCACCUAUGAGGCCAACGGCGAGAGCUUCUCCAUCCAAUACGGCACUGGCAGUCUGUCCGGUAUCCUGUCCGCCGAUACCGUCGAUGUCAAUGGACUAACCAUCUCGGGCCAGACCUUUGCCGAGGCCACCAAUGAGCCGGGCACCAACUUCAAUGAUGCCCUGUUCGAUGGUAUUCUGGGCAUGGCCUACCAGACAAUUGCUCAGGACAAUGUUGUGCCGCCCUUCUACAACAUGGUGGAUCAGGGUCUGGUCGAUGACUCCGUCUUCUCCUUCUACCUGGCUCGCGAUGGCACCUCCACCACCCAGGGUGGUGAGCUGAUCUUUGGUGGCUCCGACUCGUCCCUCUACUCGGGUGAGCUGACCUAUGUGCCUGUUUCCGAGCAGGGUUACUGGCAAUUCACCAUGGCCAGUGCCGACAUUGAUGGCAACAAUCUGUGCGAUGAUUGCCAGGCUAUUGCUGAUACCGGCACCUCUCUGAUCGUUGCUCCCGCCGCUGCCUAUGAGACGCUGAGCGAGAUCCUCAAUGUGGACAGUGAGGGUAUGGUCGACUGCUCCACCGUCAGCUCGCUGCCAGUGAUCACCUUCAGCAUUGGAAGCGGCACCUUCGAUCUGGAGCCAUCUGCAUACAUCAUCCAGUCGGAUGGCAACUGCCAGUCCAGCUUCCAGUACAUGGGCACCGAUUUCUGGAUCUUGGGCGAUGUCUUCAUUGGACAAUACUACACUGAGUUCGAUUUGGGUAACAACCGCAUUGGCUUUGCUCCAGUUGCUUAAAUUUAUCCAAGCGAACUUUCCAGUGAUUAACUAACUAAAUAAUUAUGGGUAUUAUCAAGGCUAACUCUUCAGUUAGCUUCGAGUUAUGUAUUCAUAAAAUAUUGUAAUAUCAUCUAACAU